AUGGCCGCACAGCGCCGGCUCCCUGGAGCUCCUCGCGUUGGCUGCAGCAGCAGCAGCGGCACGAGCCAGGGCACGGGGCGCGUUCGAGAGCUCCUCGCCGAGGAGAUGGAGCGAUUAAGUCAGCUCGUGUGCGGGAGCGAGGCUGAUCUGGGAGCCGUGGCCGGCAGGGGACUCCGACAGGGGACUCCGACAGGGGACUCCGACAGGGGACUCCGACAGGGGACUCCGACAGGGGACUCCGACAGGGGACUCCGACAGGGGACUCCGACAGGGGACUCCGACAGGGGACUCCGACAGGGGACUCCGACAGGGGACUCCGACAGGGGACUCCGACAGGGGACUCCGGCAGGGGACUCCGACAGGGGACUCCGACAGGGGACUCCGACAGGGGACUCCGACAGGGGACUCCGACAGGGGACUCCGACAGGGGACUCCGACAGGGGACUCCGACAGGGGACUCCGACAGGAGACUCCGACAGGGGACUCCGACAGGGGACUCCGACAGGGGACUCCGGCAGGGGACUCCGACAGGGGACUCCGACAGGGGACUCCGACAGGAGACUCCGACAGGGGACUCCGACAGGGGACUCCGACAGGGGACUCCGGCAGGGGACUCCGACAGGGGACUCCGACAGGGGACUCCGACAGGGGACUCCGACAGGGGACUCCGACAGGAGACUCCGACAGGGGACUCCGACAGGGGACUCCGGCAGGGGACUCCGACAGGGGACUCCGACAGGGGACUCCGACAGGGGACUCCGACAGGGGACUCCGACAGGGGACUCCGACAGGGGACUCCGACAGGAGACUCCGACAGGGGACUCCGACAGGAGACUCCGACAGGGGACUCCGGCAGGGGACUCCGACAGGAGACUCCGACAGGAGACUCCGACAGGGGACUCCGACAGGGGACUCCGGCAGGGGACUCCGGCAGGGGACUCCGACAGGGGACUCCGGCAGGGGACUCCGGCAGGGGACUCAGGCAGGGGACUCCGACAGGGGACUCCGACAGGGGACUCCGACAGGGGACUCCGACAGGGGACUCCGACAGGGGACUCCGACAGGGGACUCCGACAGGAGACUCCGACAGGGGACUCCGGCAGGGGACUCCGACAGGAGACUCCGACAGGGGACUCCGACAGGGGACUCCGGCAGGGGACUCCGGCAGGGGACUCCGGCAGGGGACUCCGACAGGGGACUCCGACAGGGGACUCCGGCAGGGGACUCCGUCAGGGGACUCCGACAGGGGACUCCGGCAGGGGACUCCGGCAGGGGACUCCGACAGGGGACUCCGACAGGGGACUCCGACAGGGGACUCCGACAGGGGACUCCGACAGGAGACUCCGACAGGGGACUCCGACAGGGGACUCCGGCAGGGGACUCCGACAGGGGACUCCGACAGGGGACUCCGACAGGGGACUCCGGCAGGGGACUCCGACAGGGGACUCCGGCAGGGGACUCCGACAGGGGACUCCGGCAGGGGACUCCGGCAGGGGACUCCGGCAGGGGACUCCGACAGGAGACUCCGACAGGGGACUCCGACAGGAGACUCCGACAGGAGACUCCGACAGGAGACUCCGACAGGGGACUCCGACAGGGGACUCCGGCAGGGGACUCCGGCAGGGGACUCCGACAGGGGACUCCGACAGGGGACUCCGACAGGAGACUCCGACAGGGGACUCCGACAGGGGACUCCGACAGGGGACUCCGGCAGGGGACUCUGACAGGAGAUUCCGACAGGGGACUCCGACAGGGGACUCCGACAGGGGACUCCGGCAGGGGACUCCGACAGGAGACUCCGACAGGGGACUCCGGCUCGGCAGCGACGAUGCAGACGGGACCACGAACACUCCCAGGAGCGCUCCCAUCACAGACGCAACGAGGCCCUCGAGCGAUGACAAUCACGCGGUCGGCACUUGGGGAGACAAAGACGGUCGCUGCUGCUCCUCCGAGUCGCGCGGCGCUCACGCGAGCCGCGAGCAGCAGCAGCAGCAGCAUCGGUGGACCGAGUAA